GACUGGCCACCCGAAAAGCUCUGACUCACCACAAUCGAUCGUCAGCAGUUUAUCGGAAUCGCGAUCUGAUCUGAAAUGUGGAAAAGCUGUGCAGAUAAAUUAAUUAGCAAUUAGCAAGUGCAAACAGAGUGUUGUCAGCCGACUAGUCGAAGCAGCUGAGCUGAUAGUUCCGCCUUUGGCCCCCGCUUUCGCCCGAUGCUAAACGGAACCAAAAUAAACAAGCGAGUGAAAGGUGGUGGAGAAAGAGCGCGGGAGAGUGAGCGCGAAGUGUUGUCGGAGGGGGAGGCGGCGGAGGAGCUCAGGAGCGGACAUCGAGGCAGAAACAAAAGCACAAAACGGCAGACAGAACCAGUCGAAACAAAACAACAAACCGGAGCGGACGCACUCGAAAAAAGCGAAACGAAUUUAUUUCUGUGCUUAGGGCGACACUGUCUGCGUGCCACUGACUGUGAGUGUGUGUGAGCGCAUGAACGCGUGUGUGAGUUGUGUAUAUUUAAACAAUAUUCAAAAAAUCAUACGCCAGACGAAUAAAAAACGCGACGAAAACGAAGGCGAAGAUCUCCUCUCGCAGCGGAGCAGACACAUAAAUAACAACAGAAUCCGACACAAAAACAACAACGCGACUGUGACGCGGCAAGGUGCUGGAGGUCACUCGGUCCAUUUCGCACCGCACUGAAGCACUAAAUCAGUAUAUCACUAUAGCAGUCUAGCAGUAUAGCAAUAUAGCACCACCCCCCGACCACCCCCUUCUAACCAGUUUCAGCUCCAACCGCCCGCAAAAAAGAGCACGCGCGAUCGGAAAACUCGAAAAAAUACAAGCAGCAAAAAGAAACAAAAGCAACUCACGCGCUUCAUCGUUUUAUUGCUCGCCGCCCUCUCGACUGAUAAACGUCAGUUGAUAAAUAUAUAUAUAUCGCAUCGCAUCUACACUAAAGCAAAUCCGCCAGCAAACAAACACCAAUUAUUCCAAUAAAGCCAGCGCCAAGUGCGAAUGCGCCCUCGAUUUGUAUGCCAUCAACAGCACUCGGUGGCCCAUUCCCACUUUGAGCCCCACGUCCAGCCCCACUCCCACUUCCAUCACCAGCACCAUCACCACCGCCAUCCCAAUCCGCCCCACCACCAUCACAUUUACGGCGCCACUGACGUCAGUUAUCGGCGUUAUCGCACCGCUAGCAUGGUGGUGGCCGAGGGAGUUAUGGGCUCCGGGUCGGGAUCGGGCACGGGCACGGGAUCGGGCUUGGGGAACUUCAACGAGACCCCGUUAUCCGCACUGGGCAUCGAGACCCGCAACCAGCUGUCCCGCAUGCUGAACCGCAAGAAGGUGCUGCGUUCCGAGGAGGGCUACCAGCGGGACUGGCGGGGCAUCUCGGAGCUGGCCAAGCAGAAGGGAUUCGUCGACGAGAACGCCAACAAUCCCAUGGAUCUGGUGCUGAUCAGCUGGAGCCAGCGGAGUCCCCAGACCGCCAAGGUGGGCCAUCUGGAACACUUCCUCGGCAUCAUCGAUCGGUGGGACGUCUGCGACGAUAUCCAGGAGAAUCUGGCCAAGGACACCCAACGCUUCAUCAUAAAACAGGAGCAGCGACAGACCGCUCUAGUGGAGGCGUGUCCGCCGCCCCCCAGCGACUGCCUCGAGACCAACAACAACUACAGCAGCAGCAGCAAAAACAUCACGGUGGGCCAAAGUGUGCAGAUCCUCAGCGACGAGGACCAGAGAUGUGUGCAGAUGGGCCAACCGCUGCCCAGAUACAACGCCUGUGUUCUGUACGCGGAGGCAGACAUCGAUCAUGCCACCGAGAUCAUGAAUAAUCUAGAGUCUGAGCGAUACAAUCUCAGGCUUUUCCUGCGCCACCGCGACAUGCUAAUGGGCGUUCCGUUCGAGCAUGUCCAACUGUCCCACUUCAUGGCUACCCGCUGCAAUCACCUGAUCGUCGUGCUCACAGAGGAGUUUCUUCGGAGUCCGGAGAACACGUACCUCGUGAACUUCACCCAGAAGAUACAAAUCGAGAAUCACACUCGCAAGAUCAUACCGAUUCUGUACAAGACGGACAUGCACAUACCCCAGACCCUGGGCAUUUACACGCACAUCAAGUACGCCGGGGACUCCAAGUUGUUUAACUUCUGGGACAAGUUGGCGCGUUCGCUACACGAUCUGGAUGCCUAUUCGAUCUACUCCACGCGCCAGGUGCAAACACCAUCGCCGGAGGAAACGUCUCCACGAGUGACCACUCCCAGCAUUCGCAUACAGAUCAACGACAAGGAUGUCACUGAUAUGCCAAACUACAACAGCUGCAAAGUGCCGGAGGCGGAGACCACGAUUGUUUCGGUUUCCGGUGAUACUGGGUCCCCCCUGCCGGAGCACAAACCGAAGAAAAAGGAUCGAUUCCUGCGCAAAAUCACACACAGCUUCGGAAAGACGGCGCGGAGCGAUGGGGCCAGCGCCAAGACCCUGCGCCAUGCGCACUCCGUCAGCACCAUAAACGUCACGGAACGCGAGAGGACCCUCAGUGCCAGCAGCUCCAAUAUCUCCACCACGUCGGAGAGCAAGAAGAGUUUCAUCAAGUGGCAGCCGAACAUUCUCAAGAAGGCCCUCUUCUCACGCUCCAGCAACAAGCUGCAGACGCCGGGUUGAUAUCAUAGUGUUAGGAUAGCCAUUCAUUCGAUUCCUCGAUUCCUUGAUUCCUUAUCGUGUGCCCAGUCUAGUUAUGGCCGCCGAGUCGCCAAUGUCGUCACCCUCCAUGCCUAGUGAUAAUCUUUAGCCUAAUCCUUAUCAAAGUCAACUAACUUAAUAUACUUAGACGCACCCGUUAACUUAUAUAAGACAACAACGAAUAAAGACAAUACCACAUA